ACAGGCUCCGACUCGGGCCAAUGACUCGUGAUGCCACAGCGUAACGACCCUCAUAUAUCGACCACGGCCGGAACGUACAAUGUCAAGGUAGCCUCGUCGUGCGAUUCAUCGUGGCGACACAACAGCGACCAGACAGCGCGACUCGAAUUCAAACCAACAGCUUUCGCGACAAGUACCUUUCAACGGCCGAACGCGCAAAUGAACUCUCACGUCCUCUUUCCCUGCAACCCGCGGUUGCUCAGUCAACCGCCUUCCCCAUUCGGAUGAGCUCGGUCCUCAUCUCUCUUCCAUACCCAACUCGAACGCGUAAUUCCUAACACGGCGCACGGCACGACUACCAGUACCAGCCA